AUGUAUCAAGCACGUAUCGUUCGAAAGACUUUAAAUAAUUGUUCAAUUAUGGAGCCCUAUAAUGACAUCAAAGAUCAUACCAGCUUCGAAGAUUGGGCAAUCUUAUCCAUUCGAUCUUCUGAUCCUAAUAUGCAAUUGAGCAAGUCAAAUCUAGCAAUUCUUCAUCUUGAUCAAACCUUGGAGGAAUUAUUAGGUUCUAGUGUUCAAUUACUCAACGGAAUAAGUGUACUAAAUUUCAUUCAUCCUAACGAAGCAAGACGGAUAGAGAUGGAAAUAGCACAAUAUACAUCUGAAAGAAGAGCAAAGAGCAAGGUGCUACGAUCAAAAUUAAAAGACGAUGAUUAUCAAAUAACCGACAUUCGCUUAGAGCUUACGGGAGAUGGAAUGAUGUUAUGCUUCUUUCAUGCUGUCGAGGGUAUAGAUGAUGAUGAAAAUAAACAAUCUCAGCGUUCAGAAUGUUUCAUCGAAAGACAUUGGAACGGUUUUCCGAAAAAGAUUUUUCAAAUUUUAUCAAAUGUUUCACAAUCGAAUGUUUUGUUUUCCUGGCCACCGCCAAGAAUAUUUGAUUCGAUGCAGCAGCAACAACAACAGCAUCACGACCGAAGCAAAUCCAAUUCAGACAUUUAUAUGGGCUGCAACAAUUAUUCUGCAAACGAAUUUGCUCGUUUAACAUACCAAUCAACGUUUCGAAAAACUUUACUAGCAAGACCUGAAGAACUAACAACAUGUAAACGAAGUCAAUCUUUAUCAUUCAACGUACUUAUAGACGGUUUAGACAUAGAUUUGGAAGCAAUUGAGUCGCUAACAAUUUUCAAGGCAGAUGAUGAUAUUCAAGCUCAUUCACACAUGAAUCCAAUCUCAUACGAGGGUAUUGCCACUAACAACAAAGCUGUCUCAUUACAAACGCAACCUGAAGUAGAUAGCGGCGAUCGGAAACAAGUUGGACAUACGUCGAUAUACGAAUAUCAGAAUGGAUUAACUCCUUCUUCCUCUUCGCCAGCUUUUCCUCUCUCGUUUGCCAGACCUAGUACAAGCCCGAAAAUGAAUUCAACAACGAUGAUAAAAAAGUGUUUAAUUUGCGGAACAUCAGAUAGUCCAGAAUGGAGAAAAGGAUAUGAUGGAAAGAAAAGCUUUUGUAACGCUUGUGGAUUACGAUUUUCUAGGAAUAAUAGAAAACGUAGAAAGGAAGAAGAAAAUGCGGAAAUUGCAAACGAAGUUGCUGCAAAUGGUGGUAGAAUACCAGCUCAUAUACGUGAUAGGAUAGAAAAUGGAC